AAAAAGUAAAAUAAUUUAAAGUUACAAAAUAUUUUUGCUCAAUACUUGUAAUAUCUUGUGUAUUUAAACUAUGUUGAUUUCUAAAGUAAACAUGUAGACAGCUUUCUUCUUCUUCUUUCCUUCUAAAAUAGAAAAUCCCCCAGUGUAAAAGGACAUUUAAAAUAACUGCGCUUGCUUAGACCCCCAAAGUGUAAAUGUGUUACUGGAUUUAAGAUUUGAAAAGAUUGAUAGUAAUUCAAGAUGGAAAAAAUUGUCAUUUGAUUUAGACUGUGUGUGUAUUUAGUUUUACCUACAGUAUAUUUGCCAGAAUUCACUAAUAGUUGCAUAAUUAAUACAUCAAAUAUGCUUUUUUUUCUAGUGGUGGUGGAUAAAACAAGUUUUUUUUCUUUUUUUUUCUUUUUUUUUUGUACUUACUUGAAUUUAUAAACAUUUUAAAAACAAGACCUUGCUGUUAAGAUCAUGGCCCUAGCCAAAUCCAGCAGAAAAGUGGGGGUGAAAACUUGCCGUGUUAUCUGAGUAGAAUAGCUGCAGCCCCCAGAGUGGGGGCUCGGUGUGCUUCUCCCCAUCUGCCAUCACUUCACUGCUUAGGCUGAGGACUGUGCUAUCAACAGUGGGAGGUGACCAAAUGAUUUUCUCCAGCAGGCGCAAUCAUACCUGACAAAACAACAACAAAAAGCAUUCAGAACUGCUCAACUAAUGUUAUAAAUAGAUAGCAAUAAUCUUAAUUAUGUAGCAUUGACUUCCCCUGUAAGCUUCAAUGAUGGAAAGAUUGAUGAGGAAGCAGAAAAAUGCAAAUAUUAGAUAACUUAUUUAACACUUCAGAUUAAAAAUAAUUUAUUUUUGUCUUGCAGGCGAAUUACCAAAAUGCUGGAGAAAGUACCAGAGAGGAAAUCUAAAAUCUCAGCCUCUCGAAAGCUCAUGCUAAAGAGCUUGAUGGCUGCCAAGGCUAAGGAGGAUCUGGAGCAGGAGUUGGUGGAAAAAGAGGAGCAAAAGGCAAAGUACCUGGAAGAGAAAUCCCCUCCAGUACAGACCAGUGGUUUGUCAUUGGCAGAGCUGCAGGAGUUAUGUGAAGAGCUGCACACCAAAAUAGAUGUAGUGGAUGAAGAGCGGUAUGACAUUGAAGCCAAAGUGUUGCACAACACCAGAGAGAUCAAAGACCUGAACAUCAAGGUGCAGGACUUGAGAGGGAAGUUUAAAAGGCCAAACUUAAGAAGGGUGAGGGUUUCUGCUGAUGCUAUCCUCCGAUCCCUUCUGGGCUCCAAACACAAAGUGUCCAUGGAUUUGCGAGCAAACUUAAAAUCUGUCAAGAAGGAGGAUGCAGAGAAGGAGAAGACGGUGGAGGUGAGUGACUGGAGGAAGAACGUGGAGGCGAUGUCCGGCAUGGAGGGUCGCAAGAAGAUGUUUGAUGCAGCAAAAGGCCAAAACCAGUGAAAAUGUUUGUUCAGAAAGAGUGUUUUUUUUACUACCUUGUUUGUCAAACAAGAGUUCCCUUAAAAUAACCUAAAAAGUGAAAGUAUAAAACCUAAAUGUAUGAAUCUUUACAUUUCAUAUGCUUAAACUAACAUUUUCAACUUUUUCCAACUCAUUUUUACUUGUAGCAAUAAAAAGACAAUAGAUUAGAGAUGAUGUCUCUGUUUGUUAUUUAUUCACUCUCUUCUUAUUUUACUUGAUUACUGUUAUAAUAUUUCAGUAAAGCUAAUCAAGAAGGGAACAGUAGUUAAAAUAUAAUAUAUAUUGUUGACGGUGUAAUGCAGUUAAUUUUGAAAACCACCACAAUGGAGAAUGUUUGUGUGUGAGCUUUUCAAUUACACACACACACAAAUUAGGAUAAAUGCUUAUUGACAUGUAUGAAGGAAAUAUUGGGGUUAAUGUGAGGAAGUGCUAUGUAGUAAGUAACUUCUGUUUUGACCCCAACAUUGACUGUAUAUGAUAACUGAGUGACCCCUCCCCUCAUGAAAGUACCUGACAGCUCAAAUAAGCCAAAAUCCCAUAGAUUUAUAUUGAGGAAUGAACCAUUAUUACUGUUAUUCGAUUAGUCAGAAUAACCAUUCUUGCUCUGAUGUUUUUUUCUAAUCCUAUUUUUUUUGUCAUUAUUUUUUUCUUAUUCAAGUUAUAAACUGACCAAUCAGAUGCCUCAGUUAAAGCUUGUGGUGCCCACCUCAAACGUUUGGUUGACAGAUUCUUCCAUUUUCACUGAAGAGGUGUGGACUCAUGAUUGGCAACAGUAGCUGCCCUGUAGAAACGCUGACUCAGACCAACUCCAACCAAUCCCUUUUGACUGGCUCCAAAUGGCGGCAUGCGUAAAAAUGGAAACAGGUGUUGGGAAUAACGCAGUGUAAGUAUAACUGCAUUAAUAAUGUAGUUAGAAGUAAAGUAAAAGAAUAAUCUACCUGAUUACUUUUGUCUCCGCUUCAGCGCUGUUACUUAGUACAAAUUGUGGCGUGUUACUUCAGUUUAUUGAUGUGGUUUGAUUGAGUGCUUUUUCUCACCCCAAAACAUAAUUUCAUUGGCAGAACUAUACUAGAAUUCUAGAAGUAUAAUUUUUAAUAUUUUUUGAUGCUUCAUCAUGUUUACGAACAGCUGAGAAAAAAACAUCAAAUUUAUUGCCAUAUUUUAACUAGCAAAGUAACUGUUACUUUGCUGAGUAAUACUUACGUUAAAGAUGCAGUAACUGAUUUACUAACUCAAUUACUUUUGGGGCUAUGUAACUAUUAACUUUAACUUUUUUUUAACACUGAUGAAAGUU